CUCGCUCCGCUAAUCUUUGCUUUGCCGCCGCCGCCUUUUUCGACGGUCCCGCCGUCACUUUUUUCCCCCCCCCCGCAUCACUACCUAUCCUAUCCACCCUUUCAACACAUCACCACCAUUCCCACCGCAACAACACUUACCGCCCACCAUGUCGUGGCAACCAGAAGAGCAGCCUUUGAGGCAGCUUGCUCAAUGCCUCAAGGACUCUCUCAGUGGUCAUGAUAUCAACGCACAGAAAAAUGCCGAGCUCUUGCUCAAGCAGGCCAGGCAAUCGCCUGACAUUGACAAAUACCUCGCUUUCGUCUUCUCGAGUAGUUCGCCCCCGCCCGCCGUCAAUAUGGACGCCACUAGCUACUUUUCAGCCAGAGCUGCCGCUGCCGUCAUGCUAAAGAACAACGUCCGAACGUCAUACAAGGCCAUCCCAGACUCGUCCAAGGACUAUAUGCGAUCGAUCAUCUUGCACACUCUCCGAGACGACAACUCGCAAAUGCGAGGCUAUGCCGGAAACGUUAUAACCGAAAUGGUUCGCCAGGGAGGCAUCAUGGGUUGGCCCCAGGUCCUCUCUGAGUUGAUCAAUUUGGUGAGCAAUGCAGAAGGCAAUGUCCCCAAGCAAGCUCAGGAGGGUGGCAUGAGUGCGUUGUUGAAGAUCUGCGAGGAUAACAAAAAGGCACUCGAUAAGGACUACCAGGGACAGCGACCUUUGAACUUCAUGUUCCCGAAGCUGCUUGAAUCCACUACGAGUGAACUGCCAAAGGUACGAUCGGACGCGCUUGCCAGCAUGAAUGUCUUCAUCCCCGAGAAACCCCAAGCCGUGGUUGAGAAUCUGGAUGCCGUCAUGCAGCAGCUCUUCCGACUGGCCAGUGACCCCAGCGAUGAAGUGCGCAAGCACGUUUGUCGCUCCUUUGUCCACAUUGCAGAUAUCGCCCCGCAGAAGAUCAUCCCACACAUGGAAGGUCUGGUGGAUUAUAUGGUCACCCAACAGCGAAACGUGGAAAACGCCGACCUUGCAUUGGACGCGGCGGAAUUCUGGCUGUGCGUCGGCGAGGACGAAAAGCUGCGUAACUGCCUGGGACCCCAUCUUCCAAAGAUUGUGCCGGUUCUCCUCGAAAGCAUGGUGUAUGGCGAAGACGACAUUCUGCGACUCGAGGGUGAAAAGGAGGAUGCCGAACUCGAGGACAAAGAGGAGGAUAUAAAGCCCGCAUUUGCGACGAGCAAAGCAGGGAGGGGGACAAACGCCAAUGGUGAGCCCACUUCGGGCGCAAAUGGAAAUGGCGGUGCGUCCGCUAUGCCAGACGAUGACGACGAUCUCAGUGAAGGAGAGAUUGACGACUUUGAUGACGACGAUUCUCUGGCCGACCCCGAAGAGAUGUGGAAUCUGCGCAAAUGUUCCGCUGCUGCGCUUGAUGUGCUUGCUUCCGUCUUCCACGAACCCGUUUUUGCCGCCACUCUACCAUAUCUUACCACCAACCUCAUGCACCCCGACUGGCCGAACAGAGAAGCUGCUGUCCUUGCCCUCGGUGCCAUCGCUGAUGGCUGCAUGGACGAUGUGACGCCCCAUCUCCCAUCGUUGACUCCUUUUCUGCUUUCAUUAUUAGACGAUUCCGAACCCGUCGUUCGGCAGAUUACGUGUUGGGCACUCGGUCGAUAUUCUGGCUGGGCUGCUGGAUUGAAUGACGCCGGCAAGAAAGAGUUUUUCGAGCCCAUGAUGGCCGGUCUCUUGAAGAAGAUGUUGGACAAGAACAAGCGCGUUCAGGAAGCUGCGGCAUCCGGCUUUGCCAAUCUCGAAGAGAAAUCGAUGGGCAAAUUGAAGGACUACUGCCAGGUGAUUGUGCAGCACUUCGUUGAAUGCUUUGCUCGAUACAAAGACCGUAACAUGUUCAUACUCUACGACUGCGUCCAGACGUUGGCCGAACAUGUUGGCCCCGCCUUGGCCCAACCAAAUCUCGUCAAUAUCCUCAUGCCAGCUCUCAUUCAACGGUGGAACAAGGUCUCCGACCAGUCGAAGGAGAUGUUUCCCCUCCUCGAAUGUUUGUCCUACGUUGCAACAGCACUUGGAGAGCUAUUUGCGCCAUAUGCACCUGGCAUCUUCUCAAAAUGUAUCAACAUUAUACACCGCAACCUGGAGGAAACAAUGAUGGCAGAAACCAACCCCGGAUUGGACAUACCCGAUAAGGACUUCCUCGUGACAAGUUUGGACCUUCUCAGUGCUAUUAUCCAAGCACUCGACAGGCCAUCAGGUACUCAGCUCGUUGCAUCGACGCAGAACUUCUUCCAACUACUUGCUCUCUGCAUGCGAGACACCAACAACGACGUAAGGCAAUCAGCAUAUGCCCUCCUCGGAGACUGUGCCAUCUAUGUCUUCAUCCAGCUCCAGCCACACCUCCCCAACAUACUCGAGAUUCUGAUCUCCCAACUGGACCUCGCACAGGUCGCCCGGGAUGCUGAGGAGACUGGCUACUCCGUAAUCAACAAUGCCUGCUGGUCUGUUGGAGAAAUCUCCAUGAGGCAUCGCGAGGGCAUGCAACCUUAUGUCGAUCAAUUGCUCCAGAAGAUUGGAACAAUCCUCUUCGACGGAAAGGUCCCUGAGUCGUUGAACGAAAAUGCAGCCAUUGCUCUUGGUAGACUCGGCAUUGGUUGCGCAUCGAAUCUUGCACCCCAUCUUGCCCAGAUUGCCCCUCCAUUCCUCCGCUCGAUCAAGCACGUAAUGUGGACCGACGAAAAGGGACAUGCACUCACUGGCUUCAUGAGGAUCAUGCUCGCUAACCCUGGCGCUAUGGAGCAAAGCUUGCUUGAGUUCUUCAGCGAAAUGGCGAAGGCAGACAGGAGUCUUGUCAACGGACCAACAGAAGAGCAGGCAUGGUUCCGAGACGAUUUCCAGAAGGUCCUGCAGCAGUACAAGAGUAUGAUUCCGGAUUUCAACAGCUUUCUAGGCAAUCUACCUGCCGAUGAGCAGAGGAAUUUCCGUGACCUCUACGGCUUGUGAUCGUCUUACCCAUACCUUGCCUCUCUUUGCAAUGCUAUUUCAUCUUCCAGGUUUCAUAAGUCACUCAGAAGCAUGCGAGAAGGGCACAACUUUUGGAUUUGGGCGUUGCGCUGUGCACGGAAAAGAUGAACGGGUGGGCGCUAAGGGAUAGAGUCGACCAUAUGACGAAGCAGAAAUAAGCUCUGGUAAGAGGAGGAGUCACUUGCAGGGUGAGCAAAGCGGAGACGGGUAUUGAUAUCGCGGGGAAGGGAAGGAAAGGAAAGAAAGGAGAAAAAAAACCGCC